UGCACUUCAAACCGACAGUACUAAUCAUGAGUAAUUCCGAAUUUAAAGGCCAAAUUUUGAUAUAUUCUAUCGUUGGAUGCCCGUUCUGCAUGCGAGCUAAACAGACUUUGCAAGAUCUUGAAUUGCCUUAUUUGGACGUUAACCUCGAUUCUUAUGGUGAAAAAGUACGGAAAGAAGUCCGGGAAAGGACUGGUAGGAGUACAGUUCCACAAAUCUUCUUUAACGCAAGGCAUGUUGGUGGCUUUGAUGAUUUACAAGCCUUGAUUGCUGAUAAGGAUAAUUUCAAUCCAUUGAUUGAUGAAGUGCGGAACAAUGAGGCUCCUCCUGAUGCCCCGAACAUACCAGAUGCUAAAGAAAUGAAGCAAGAAAAAAGUGCAGAUCUGGAAUUCACCUGUGAGCUAGACGAGUACGCCGUCUUGAUACGAGAGCUGAAGAUGAGUGGGAUUAUCAAAGAUCAUCGGAAAGGCCUUUCAACCUACAAGAACACAUUCCAGGCGAGAGAGUUUGUAGACUGGAUAGUGAAGGCAAAAUCAUUUGAGGACCGAUCCACUGGGAUCGUUAGCGGGCAGGAUCUGAUCGAUCAAGGUUUUGCGAGUACUGUGAAAGGAUCUCAUGACGGACGGUUUGAAGACAACGACAGCCUUCUAAGAUUGCUAGAACAUGAUGAGAAUACUGCUCUUAAUUCAGGAUUGUCGAGUGAAUGUGAAGCUAGACCCGCUUCAGAUCUUGGGGAAGAUAUGAGGAAGCUUAUUCUCUCUCUGUACAAUGAAUAUCUUUCUUCAGAUGGUAAGAGAGUGAAUUACAAGGGUAUAGCAGCGAGUUCACAAUUCCAGACCUAUACCCGGAUGACAGCGCAGCUCUACAGAGUGGAUGUGAAGUCCGCUUCGAGGGAGGAGAAGAUUGCUUUCUUUAUCAACAUUUACAACGCCCUUGUCAUUCACGGCUAUGUGACUUCUGGACCCCCAAAGAACCUGUGGCAGAGAUACAAGUUCUUCAACUAUGUGAGCUACAUUAUUGGUGGUCAACUGUAUUCUCUCAACGACAUUGAGAAUGGAAUCCUGAGGGCGAACAGGAAGCCACUAGGCUCACUCUCCAGACCCUUCUCAAAGAACGAUCCUCGCCUCCAGGUGGCGCUAGACCAGCCGGAACCGCUCAUCCACUUUGCUUUGGUCUGUGGAGCUAAGAGCUGUCCACCAAUCAAGACGUACUCAGGCAAAGAUGUUAUGAACGAGUUACAGUUAGCAGCAGAAGCUUUCCUGGAAGGGUCUGAUGGGUGCCAGGUCAUUGUGGACAAAAAGGAAGUUAAGUGCAGCCAGAUCUUCAAGUGGUACAGAGAGGACUUUGGCAGGAACGAUAAAGACGUUGCUGUAUUUAUAUCCAAGCACAUGGGGAGAGUGAGAAGAAGAAAUCACUGCUUCAGGUCAUAGGUCACAAGGACUUCAAGGUCAGUUAUAUGAAGUACAACUGGGGUAUCAACUCCCAAUAGAGAAUGGCUUUUCAAUGCCUAUUGGAAAACACUUCUAUGCACAAUAUUUUUCUAUGAAUGAGUUUACAAUAUCAUGCCAAAAAUAAUUAUCAACAAUCUCAAGGUAAAGUCAAACGGAAUUAGAUUUAUACUGAAUAUUUUUUGUUUUGUAAGAAGCGAAAACAACAAUAAAUUAAAUUUGGAUCAAUCUUAAUGAAUAAUAGUAUGGUUGAUUCUGGGACGAUAUUGAAUGAAGAGCAUACACUUAAAAAUAUUGAGACAUUCAGAGCUUCAGACAAGUGAAUAAAAAUCAUCAUUUCAAGUCGACCCUCUGCUCCAAAGAUUCCCUGAGGUCGAAUUGAUUUUUUAGACCAGAUUAUUCAAAACAUGUUACCUCUUCUAAGUCAAGGUUUCUGUAGUUGAUGGUUAUAUCAUACAUUCAUUUUGUGUACAUGUAUGAUUGCAGAAGUGUUUAUAGUCAUAAGAUUUAAUUCUAAUACUAAUAAUGAAUUUUAUUCAUAGAAAUCCAUAAAGCCUUUGAAAUGCAUAGGGAAGUAAUGUUGA